AUGGCAGUUCAAAAAUUGACGGACGCAUCUCUUAAUACUGCACUCCCUCUCUCGGGGCGCUUACGAAAGGAACUGAACCUUUGCACAAACUAUGUAAAAGAAAUUCUGAGCGUUUCGAUUGUUGAUGGAAAUGAAGACCUCACCUAUUGGCAAGCUAAAAUACAAGGACCAGUGGGCACACCGUAUGAGAAUGGUGUGUUCGAGCUUGAUUUACGUAUUCCUAACGAAUUUCCGUUCCACCCACCGAAAGUUACAUUUCAAACAAAAGUGUUCCAUCCAAAUAUAAGCUCCAAGGGUGAAAUAUGUUUAGAUAUUCUUCAGGACACCUGGAGCCCAGCUAUGACUAUACCAUCGACUUUACUAUCCAUCGUUUCAUUAUUAUCGAGUCCAAACGCUGUUGACUUCAUUGCACCAGUGCCUGCUUUUUUAUAUAGGCAAAGUCAAGAGGAGUACAAAAAAGAAGCAAGAGAAUGGACCCGAAGAUAUGCUAUGACAAACAACGCUCUAGUUAAAACGACGGCGAGCUCAGAUGAAACUCGUUUCGAGUUAAGCGACGAUAGCGACAUAGUAACAACAGUGAAAUUAUUGUCGGAUGAAGUCAAUGAGAAAGUAGCUUUCAAGAGUCAGACAAGUAGAGGUUAUCGCCCUGAACGAUUUAAUACUUUUGAAUCAUUACAAUCGAAGACAUUUGAAAAUGGAGAAUCAAAACAAUCUCUUCCAAUUAUUGAAAAAUGCUUUGCACGUGGAAAUUACCCCACGCAAACAAACAGGCCUUGGAACGAUGAUUGUUAUUAUAUCACGCAGAAGCGGGAUUUUAACUACGAAGUUAGUUUAUUCAUGAAGACAUUACAGAUGGCAGCAUUUAAACUUCGGAGUAAAGACGAACAUAAAAAAUUGGUCGAUACCCUACUGCCUGAAUUAUUAAGAAGAGAAGGAUUUGAACUUCAAGAUGAGGAGCAAUCUGAAAGAUUGUCCGAUGUCCUCUUGUCUAUCGUAUUAUCUAGGAAAGAGUGUAAACUUUGUACUAAAAGCCAACCAAAAGGACUGUUCGAAGCCGCUACUAUGCUAGUGUCAGAGAAUAAUACGUUUGAUUCAGAAGAUUUUUUUGAACGGAGAAGUAAGACGUUGUUAAAUGAAUUACCGUUUAUGGCGAAAGACGAGAAACCAUUCGAACAACGGAAGGACGCAAAAUAUAAAGUGUUAACAACUAAAUCUAUGCAAUUCAAGACAGGAAGACAAACCGAUGAGUUGGGUUUCGUAGACGAUGUGUUAAAUUUAGAAUGUGUAUGGGUGGAUGAGAGGCUGAUCCCAAGAGACACGUUUUGGAAGGACCCCCAAUAUAAAGAGCUGAUUUAUAAAUUAUCGUUUGCUCAACAGAUGAUAAAAGAAGAUGAACUCCAGAAAGAACAAUACAAAAUGUUGGCCAAUGAAUUGUUGGAUGUGAUAUUACAAGAAAAAAAAUCUAAACUUCGCAUAGAAGAGGAAGAGAAUAAAAGAUUCGUCGAUACAUUAUUACCCAAACUACUGGAGAUAGAAGAAUUGAAAUAUUGGAAAGAGAAAUGUGAAAUAUUGGUCCACGGAUUAACUGAAAUAUUAGAGGUAGAAGGAAUCGAUAAAAUUCUGGGCAACGAGAAGGAUUCAAUGCUGAGUUUGCAAUUAACGAAACUGAUUUAUAGAACUCCUGAAGAAGUGGGUCAAGGAUGUAUACAUCUUUAUACAAUGAACACGUUUCUCUAUUCACAAAUCAAUCGAUUUUUACGUGAGGCAGAUGAGGCAGAGGUUGAAACGUACGCACCAUUUGUUCGUCUACUUCAUUGGUAUUUUGAUCAUUCAUCGUCAAUUGAAAUUCAUAGUAUUAACGUUUAUCGUGGAAUGCAAUUAUCACAGCCUAUCAUAGAGGAUUAUAAAGAAGCGGCGAAACGUGGGGAAUCAUAUCGAUGGGCUGGUUUUAGUUCUACAAGUAGAUGUAGAGAUGUGGCUGAAUUUUUUGGUAAUAAUACGCUUUUUAUUAUGUAUCUGAGAAAGCUACACCAAAAAGAAAAGAAAGCUGUUGAUAUCAGUCGUUAUUCACAAUUUCCAGAUGAGGAAGAAGUACUAUUAAAAGCUGGUGUUGAAUACACAAUUGAAAAAGUUGAGUAUGAUGGAGAAAAGUGUUAUAUUUAUCUUAUUGUUUAUGUGUAA